AUGACCACUUUUGCUUUGGGUACUUGGCAAAUAUUCCGUUUGCAAUGGAAAUUGGGCCUAAUUAAAGAUCUGGAAAUGCGAACAUCAACAAGGGCAGUUCCUUUGGCAUCCGUGAUAGAUAAUCUGGAUGAUAUGGAAUAUUACCGGGUUAUUAUUACUGGCUAUUUUGAUCAUAGUCGGGAGCAGUAUAUUGGUCCGCGAUCAUUACAUAAAGACACUGCUGUUACCAGUAUGCAACCGAGUGAGAGUGGAAUGAAUGUGAUUACACCUUUCAUAUGCAACGAACCUGACAUUACCAUACUAGUUAAUCGCGGUUGGGUACCUAGAAGUAAGGUUGAUCCUUCAACAAGACAGGAAGGACAGAUUGAAGGCGAAACUACAGUAACUGGAGUAAUACGACAUAGUGAUAGGAGACGCCCAUUUAUGCCCCAUAAUGAUCCUGAGAAAGGUCGCUGGUUCUGGAGGGAGAGUAAUGCUUUAGCAGCUUUACUUGGGACUAGUAACGUGUUCAUUGAUGCUGACGCAAGGUCUACUUUGCCUGGGGGUCCAAUUGGAGGCCAAACCCGAGUAACUCUAAGAAAUGAACACCUGCAAUAUAUAUUUACGUGGUAUACUUUAUCCCUUAUUACUUUCUACCUAUACGUAAAAUUUUGGAAAAAACCGAAACCAGCACCGCCUCUAAAUUUAAAGAAUUCUAUAUCCCAUUUUGCUAAAAUACGGUAGAUUUCUAUAAGCGCUUGAUUAUGUUCUCUUAGAAAGAUCUAUGAUGUCAAUUAUUUUCAGCGCUAUUACUUGGCUGUAUAGGUCAUAACAGCUUGAUUGUAUGCCAUCAAUAAUUU